AUGGGUGCCCUCAGCAUCGAGGGAGGAUGUGGAGUCCAUCCGUCUUGUGGGGGCUGCAGAGGAAAAAAUGACAACCAUGGGUGUAAAGCUGGCCCUCCUCCUGUAAAUAAUGAAGUUAUAUUUAGAGAAGGAAGGUGUGUUGGAACUCUUCCUUGCUGUGGUCAGUCUCCAGGACAAGACCCAUCAAGUAAAGUGGUCUAGGAGGAGGCUAAGAGCUCACCUAUGGAGCUGAGUGAGAAGGGAGGUGUGGAAAACAACGGAUUUGUUCAAAAUGAGGCUUUUGAUGACAAGGACACAGGUACCAGUAGCCAAGAAGAAAUUCCAAAAACCUGCAGUAUUCCUGUGGACCCAGUGGCUACGGAGGAGCUGGUGUUGAAGCCCUAUGCAGGGAUGCCAAAGGAAGUCUUGCUGAAGUUUUCCAGCCAAGCCCGAUAUAGAGUGACCAGGGAGAUUCUCUUCUGGCUCAUAAUUGCUGCUUCUGUUGUGCUUGUGUGUGCUACGAUUGCAAUUAUUGCUCUCUCUCCAAAGUGCCUGGACUGGUGGCAGGCCAGUCCUAUUUACCAGAUCUACCCUCGUUCUUUCAAGGACAGCAACAUGGAUGGGAAUGGGGAUCUGAAAGGUAUCCAGGAAAAACUCGACCAUAUCAUGUAUUUGAAUAUAAAAACCAUCUGGAUCACCUCUUUCUAUAAGUCCCCAUUAAAAGACCUGGGAUAUGGAGUUGAAGACUUCUAUGAUAUUGAUCCCAUGUUUGGAUCAAUGGGUGAUUUUGAGGAUCUGCUUGCAGCCAUACAUGACAGAGGGUUAAAGGUGAUAAUGGAUUUAAUACCAAACCACACCAGUGACAAACACCCAUGGUUUCAGCUGAGUCGCAACCGGACUGGGAAGUACACAGACUACUACAUCUGGGAGGACUGUGGAGCAGCUGCUGCUUCAGUCAAACCUCCAAACAACUGGGUUAGUAUCUUUGGCAAUUCCAGCUGGCAGUUUGAUGAUGUCAGAAAGCAAUGUUAUUUUCACCAGUUUGGGAAAGAACAGCCAGACUUAAACUUCCGCAACCUCGCUGUCCAACAAGAAAUCCAUGAUAUUAUCAAAUUCUGGCUCGGCAAAGGCAUCGAUGGGUUUAGUUUCAGUGCUGUUAAAUAUCUUCUAGAAGCAACGCAUCUACGUGAUGAGCCUCAAGUGAACAAGUCCCAGAAUCCAGAAAGUAUCACAGACUAUUCCCAGCUCUACCAUGACUACACUACCACACAAGUUGGUAUGCACGAUAUCAUCCGUAGCUUCCGUCAAACCAUGAAUAAGUUCAGCAGUGAGCCUGGACGAUACAGGUUUAUGGGUUCCGAUAGUGAUGAAAAGGAAGACAUUGAAGCAACAAUGAUGUUUUAUGGAACAACUUUUAUUCAAGAAGUAGAUUUCCCCUUCAAUUUCAACCUAAUUAACAUGAAAAAUCUAUCAGGCAACAGUAUUUUUGAGGCUGUCAACCUAUGGAUGAAAAACAUGCCUGCAGGAAAAUGGCCAAACUGGGUGGUUGGAAGCCCUAACUCUGCUCGGGUUUCAUCUCGGCUUGGAAAGGAGUAUGUCAAUGUGAUAAACAUGCUGCUUUUAACCCUCCCUGGUACUCCUGUGACCUAUUACGGGGAAGAAAUAGGCAUGGAGAACAUUGCAUCAGAAAACGUGGUCGUUCCAGAGAAAUCACCUAUGCAGUGGGAUGGCAAAGUUAAUUCUGGUUUUACUGAAGGCAACAGUAGCUGGUUACCUGUUAACUCCAACUACCAAAGUGUAAAUGUUGAAAUCCAGAUGACCUGGUCCAACUCCACUCUGAAUCUGUACAGAGAGCUGACUUUGCUCCGCAGCAAUGAGCUCCCCAUCAGCCGGGGGUGGAUGUGCUACAUCUGGAAUGACAGGAAUGUUUUUGUGUACGUCAGGGAACUGGAUGGGUUAGACAGAAUCUUUAUGAUGGUUCUCAAUUUUGGAGAGGAAUCAACAAUAGACCUGCAAGCUAUAGUUCCUGGCCUUCCAUCUGAAGCUACUGUAAGACUAAGUACUAAUUUUAGCAAUGCUGGUAAAGCUGUCAGUACCAAACAAAUUAAAACUGAAAUGGGAGAAGGCCUGAUCCUUGUAUACAAAACAGCAAAGCCUGUUCAUACUAUGGAAGCUUUUCAAGGAAAGUGUUUUGUAGCAGAAAAAGCUUGUUAUUCCAGUGCCUUCAAUUUACUCUACAUGAGCUGUUAAAUGCAGGAGUAG